AUGAGGUUUAGUACCUUAAAAUUGUUUAACCAAUUUAAAACGAUACGAAUAUGUAAUAAUCAAAUCGUACAAUCAAGUAGAUUUACUGUUCAAAACGAUUUGACAAGGCGGCAAAUAGAUAAAAUACCGAUAAAACUUUCUUCUAUUGUAUGUCUUUAUUCAUCAGAUAGUAAGAAGCAUUUAUUAGAAAUAGAAAAGAAGGCAGAGUCAAUCAAAAAUGUAUUCGAACAAAAAAAAGUACAAAUUAAGGAUACCGAACAAAAAAUUAGACAGAAAGGUGAAGAAUUGGUUAAGGACUUCAGACAUCAGAAAGAAGUCACAGGGCAGAUGUUAAAAAUAAAAAAAGAUCAUUUGGUAAAAGAUAUAUUAGAGACGAAAGCAAAAGUUAGAGAAAAAAUUGAAGGAGUUGUAGAAAGAGAAAACAUAUUCACAAUUCCAAACGUUUUAUGUGUUGCUAGGAUAGCAAUGUCUCCCUAUUUGGGAUAUGUAAUUCUGCAAGAUAAUUAUAACUUGGCUCUAGGAUUACUUGUUUUUGCAGGUUUUACAGAUUUGCUUGAUGGUUACAUAGCUCGGAAUUGGGAAGGUCAGUCAUCUAAAAUGGGAUCUUUUCUUGACCCAAUGGCAGAUAAAGUAUUGAUAGCAACUCUCUUCAUAAGUCUUACAUGGCAAGAAUUGAUACCACUUUAUUUAACACUUCUGAUAGUAGCUCGCGACGCAGCACUGGUUGCGGCCGGAUUUGUCAUCAGAUAUAUAAGUUUACCUCCGCCAAAAACACUGAGUCGAUAUUUUGACGCCACACAUGCGACUGCCCAAUUAGCGCCUACAUUCAUUAGCAAACUCAAUACAGCUGUUCAACUUUUGCUUGUAGGAACAACAUUGGCAUCACCUGUUUUUGGAUAUGUCGACCAUCCAGCGCUUCAAGCUCUUUGUGGAAUAACAGCUGCUUCUACUAUUGUAUCAGCAAUUAGUUAUCUAGUCAGUAAGGAUACUUACAAAGUCUUAAAGAAAAAGUUAUGA